AUGGAGCGACCUACACAGCUCUGUAAAGGGCAAGAGGAGACUUCCUCAAAUUCGGCGGAGGAGGGGCCGCGAAUUCCUCGUCUCGUCAUAGAAUCUACUGGCCAAACACGAUUUGCAAGUUCGGUGGUCAAAGUGCUAUCAUUGCAACGAUUCUACAAGAAAACUGGGCAACGCUCGCGAGACUCAUGGCUAGAACGAUAUACAUAUCAGGACGACAGGGACUGGCGCCGGCCGCUCAUGCGCAGAUCAGCGUCGAAUUCGCCGCAAGUACAGAGCCCAACAUCUGAGGGGACCGCAAGUUCCCGCGAUGCAUCAGACUCCUCACCUGACCGGGACAGCCCUAGCCGUUUCUGCUGUGACGUCACAUUUGUGUUCGAUCCAUCAGGUAAUGUUUAUUUCUUCUGGCUGCUAACAGUUACACUCGGCAUUUUGUACAACUACUGGGUCAUCAUUUUCCGGGUGGCAUUCUUCGUGCGAGAGCAGAAAUAUGUCAUUCCUUUCAUGGCCAUCGACUACAGUUGUGAUUUUAUAUUUCUCCUGGAUAUCAUCGUCCAGUUUCGCACUGGCUACUUCCUGGAUGGCAAGAUAGUCACGGAUACAAAACAGCUGGCCAAACACUACGUCAGGUCUUACGGGUUCUUCCUCGACUGUGUCUCUAUUCUUCCGACAGAUUUGCUCUACCUGGUGCUCGGUCCCAGGCCUUUUUUGCGCUUUGGGCGUCUUCUUAAAGCACACCGAUUUUUCCUGUUUUGUGACCGCGUUGAGAUCUACAGCGGUCGACCAAAGCUCUUCAACUUGUUGAAACUGAUCCAUUACUUGUUUCUGAUAAUCCACUGGGUAGCCUGUUUCUACUUUCUUCUUUCUUACUUUGAGGGAUUUGGCGCCGACUCAUGGCUACAUCCACCUCUUGAGAAACAGUGGGCCGAGGUAGGAAACAAAACAUUUUUGUUUUUCUAAAAACCCCACAAUAAUUCAAUAAUUUUCGAAAAAUCACCAAAAUUUUACCGAUCUUUAAUAUACAGAGACGUUAUAACAUAAGUACCAUUUGAAAGUACCGCUGAAGAGGUUCCAUUUAAAUGGUAACACCAUAGGAUUUCGUCCUCAGAUUUAAAAGUAAGAAUGACAAAUAAACUUCAAUGUCAUCACUUCCGUCAUGAGUGAAAGGGCUAGCAUGAUCGACCUUAGCAGCCCUUAUCUUUGGGAUACUCAAGUUGAUCCCAGUUCGCAGCAAUUCAAUAUUUACGUAAGUUUCUAAUACUUAUAGGUCGGUCCACAAUACCUGUUUUGCCUGUUCCGUUCUCUGGUUUCCAUGACAACUGUUGGUACAGGGAAGAACAAGCCACCGCAGACCACCAUGAGCCUAAUGUUCUGCAUCUUUACAUACCUCUGUGGAGUGCUCAUUUUUGCCACUAUUGUGGGCAACGCAGCGGAUAUGAUAGUGGAUCUGAGACGUCAUAGAGAGAAGUAUCACAGAAAGGUAAGCAGUUUUUUUACUCUUGUUUUUCACAUUACGUCACCAAAACUCUUUAUUAAAACAAAUCUUCGGUUCGAAAGGGUCUCCUUUUUACGAUAGAGGACGCUUGAAUUUCCAAGCUUUUGGGUGACGCAGCCGGGAAAGCUCUUAUCUGGGUUAAAAACGUUACCGAUUUUUUGAGAUUUUGUUAUCUAAACAUUCCUUGUCUCAGAAUAAAUAUUACUUUAAUCUUUCUGAGUUCCUCAAGUGAUAUAUUUACGCUUUUGUUGGAAAAGUCAAAGCCAGAUGUUUCUGUUGGUUUCCGGCCGCCAUACUUGUGCCACUCAAAGGGAAACCAACAUGGCGUCUCUAAACAAAGCUUUGAAAAUUUUGGUAAAACAUUUUCCCGAAUAUCGUAACGUUAACGAUCCACGACAAUUAUAGAAGGAUUUAUAUGAAUACUGUGGAUACAUCGGAGCAUGACGUUGCUUAUAUCUCCUCACCAAUUUGCACCAACAGGCUGAUUUUAGCACGUGGACAUUUUUCAUCUUAUUAUUUCGGGAUAUGCCAACCAAUAACAGCAAUCUAUAAUUUCACAAAUUUAUUUUUUUUUUGUUAUCACUCCUCUUCUCUAUGAAGAGGACAUACCUGGUGCAUCAGGGUCUUUAGGAAUUCUGUAAAAGUAAAGAUUAUUUGUAUCUCUAAAACUAUUAUUGCGGGCGACAAGAGAAGCCCGCAAUCCUAUUAUUAGUUGUUAUUACGCAUGCGUUGCAUGUUUGUAGCCAGCAUUCCUUUGGACUUACACAAAGAAUGAGUGGAAUGCACAGAACGCAAUUUGAUCACUCGCGUUUAGACCUUCUUUCACUCGCAAUCUGAUCACGCGUGUUUUGACCAUCUAUCACGUGAAACUUACGCAGAGCACAGCGUUUAAGCAAAUGCGUUUUGACCUUCGGUUGUUGUCACCUGCGCUCCCUGAACUUUUGGUUAUUACUAGUUGUAGUUCGGAACACAGCACUUGUAGCGCCUCUGCGCCAUGUUUGUUGACCUUCAUGCCGGCCCUGCAAACGAUCCCAAUAAGCUUUGUGGUCGCAAAUCGUGCUCAGAUUUUCACCGGCUUACAACAUGGCAAAUAGGCUUCAGCUCUACUAGGAGGAGACUCCUGAAGUGAUGACAGUUACUGACAGGACAUACUACUGUUCUCCUUACACUCUUCUGGCUAAGAACGCCUUCAAUUGCGCAUUACAUUCUCGCGGGGUGUGUUGUGGUCAAAUUAAGGUCGUUUCGCCCGGAGGUCGAUCAGCCCGAUGGCAGUUCGCUCAGCCUAAGUCGAUUCGCCUUUGUGCAUUUGUGGUUAUUUAAGCCUGAGAAAAAGGAAUAAGCAUGGAAAGACAGUCACUGCACAUGUGGAAUCUAAGGUUAACUAAAAGAAGAUCUCGGAGAAGUAGGUUUACCAUGUUGUGGAGUGUAGAAAUGUCAUCGGGCGAAUCGAUUAAGUCCUCGCGAACGCCUUCAGGCGAAUCGACUUUUGGGUGACACGACCGCAAUUCUUCUUCUGUACUCACCUCACCCUCUUACAACUGUUUUAUCUGUAGCUCGACGGAAUGAAGGAAUACAUCGCCGCCAACCAGCUGCCCAUGGAUCUACAACGCCGCGUGGUACAAUGGUUUGACUUUGCCUGGAGGUACAAGAAGGACAUGAGCGAGGAACAACUUUUUCAGCAGCUCAAUGAUAACUUCCGCGCUGAAAUCGCCAUUCAUGUCAACCUUGAUACCCUGAAAAAAGUUAAGAUGUUUGAGAAAUGUGACCCAGGAUUCCUACGAGAGCUUGUGCUGAAGCUGAAACCAAUGCUUUGUUCCCCUGGUAAGAUAACUUAAACUCAAGUUCAGUCGUAUAUAGUGUUCCUCCCUUGCUUCCUGGUACAAUUCGUCGCUCAAUCUCACGCACUGCAAAAAGAGUUUUGCGAGCCACCUAAGUAAAAACACUUUAUACAUAUCUGAUUGUUGCAUUUCACAAGUACGGUUUGUCGCUCAAUCGUACGUAACCUGUUCAGCAAGUGCAAUUACAAUUAUUGUGAUGAUUGUGAUUAAACCGCUGAAUAUUACAUUUAUGAAGCGCCCUUUAGUUUUAUUUUAUUCUGGUUGACGAUAAUACGCUUCUUGGUUAUUUUUAAUACAGGAGACCACGUCUGUCGCGAAGACGAAAUUGGCCGAGAAAUGUUUAUUGUGAACAAAGGCGAGCUGGAAGUCGUAGACAAGAAGGGCAAUGUGUUGGCUAAGCUGUUGGCCGGUCGACACUUCGGCGAGAUAAGCAUCCUCGAUAUGAACGGGAUCGGCAACCGUCGGACAGCUUCGGUCCGUUCAGUGGGCUUCUCCGAUCUUUUCCGACUUUCAAAAAAGGAUCUAGAGGAAGUGAUUGAGUACUACCCAGAAGAGAAGGAUCAGUUGGCGAAGAUAGCUCGACAGACAUACGAGAAACAACAAAAACAGCGACAGCUGCAUCAAACAGUAACAGAUGAGGAUGGGGGUAAGAUAUCAAAGGGCAAGGAAUACCAUGACUUGCAGCGUUCAUAUCGGAUGCAACUUUGGUUAAACCUAUGGAACUAUGGGAACGGAUCGGCUUGCGGAAUAAAAAGGGAAGAGUUAAACUAAGUGCAAACGGACGUACAACUCCCAAUAUUGGUGGGCCAACAAUGUUGGGGGUUCUUGCGUCUGUGUUGGCAGUGGUGUACAAACGGAUGCAAGAACUCCCAACAUUAAUAUUGUUGGGAUCUGCAGUACAUCGUGGAAAGGAUACAAGCCAUAAUGCACGUGCGUGGCCCCGUGGAUGCAACAUUAGCGAGCUUAAGCAACGACGACAGCGACGGCAACGAGAACGGCAAAAAAAAAAAGCAAUUGGUUUAGAUUGACAAAACAAGGGCUUUGCACGUGCAUCACGCUUUUUUGUACAUUUCUUAGCCGUCGUUGCACGACUACAACGUGAAAGCGCCUCAUUUCACGUUUUGUCGAGGACAGGAACAUAAGACAACGCGUUUCUUUUUCUUUUCCUGAACUUUGAUACAGUCUUUUAGAAUUCAGCUCCAGAAAAAGUUGCCAACAUUUGAGGAACUGAACGAGAGGGACUAAGCGCGAAACAGUGUGAAGCAGAGCGACUUUACUUUUUAAAUGACGUUUUCGUAGCCGUUGCCGUUGCUUAAGCUCCUUAUUGUUGUGCUACGCUUCGGUGAUCACGGAACAAGAGAAAUGCUUGGAGUUGUUGGCUCAAACGUUUGACCGAUCUUAAACUUUGCGCAACAAUUCCCAACAACAUGCAACAGGGUGUGCAAACGGACGCAACACGUAACAUCCACCAAUCUAGGGAGUUGUUAGCCAACAAUAAGGACUUUAAGAUCCAACGACGCGACGGCGACAAGAACGUCGCUUAAAAAGUGAAUUUGCGUUCUUUCAGUAUUUAUAGCGAUUAUUCCUAACCACUUACUUUGUGAAAUGUAGGCGAACCCUCCUGAGGCUGAAUUUCAAGGAACCAUAUUCAAGCUCAGAAAGAGAAAUAAAAUUUCGUCGUUGCUUGUUUACGUCCUCUAUAAAGGGCGAAAUUAGGCAUUUUCACGUCGUAGUCGUGCAAAAACGGGAAAGAAAUAAACAAAAAAGUGUGAUGCACGUGCGAAGUUGUUGUUUUGCUUAUUAAACCUAUUGUUUUUUUUUACGUUCUCGUUGUCGGCCGCGUCGUUGGAUCUUAAAGUCCCUAAUGAUGCGUCCGUCUGCACGGGGCCUUAGGUUUAUUCUAGUUAGCUCCUCUAUGGUGAAAAUCGUGAGGAAUAUCGAAACCUGCGCUAUUUAUUUAGUAUAUAGUUCUACCUUUUGUGUCUGUGGAUGAAAUCCUAUGGUGUGACCAUUCAAGUAAACCCUUUUCAGCAGUAAUAUAAUAAUAUAAUAUAAUAUUUUUUUGGUAUAUUCUUCUAACCCGGAGCCAGCGGGAAUAUGAGCUGUUUUUCUAGCUUACAUAGUUUGUAGAUGAAAUCAAACGAUGUGACCAUUCAAAUGAAACCUUUUUGGCGGUACAUUUGCACGAACUUGGGCAUUUUUCUUCAUUUUUGACUUGACUCAUUUCUGGAAGUGAAAUAGACUGCAAAACAGUCAGUAUUAUUAUUUUUUCAAAAUCGGUUUUACAAGGCGCGAAGCGCGCGGGCCUCAGACGCCCGUUGGGUGGCAGUCAGGGCGGAUCCGCCCCGGUGGCAAUCCAGACCUUUCCGCGCUUUGACCGCUCGCGCGCGAGUUGUUAACCUACGCAAAAAAUACGGGCUGUUUUGCAAUCUAGAAGUAAAACGAUUAUUCUAAUUUUAGGAGAAGACUCGAUCAUGGAGAAGAACGAUCCACGUAGAUGGCUGGUGGCCGACAAGGAAACGCUUCAGCGUCGGUUGUCUCUGAUAGAAGCUAAAAACGACGUCAAGGCGCUUGCAAGCAAAUUUAGAAAGGAGAACGGCCACGUCUUGAACCCACGCGAAGUGGUGGCUUCGUUAGCGCAACGAGCACGAAUGGAAAGAAGUGACGAGGAAUCCAGGCUCAUUGUUAAGGACUUUUUAGCAAGACGUAAGAGAGAUAAAAUUGCGACAAGAAACGCGGUAUCACAGGACAGUGUGAUCGUAAACUGGGAUGAUAAUGGUACCAAAGAACUAAACGCAGCUUUUAUGGAGAAUUGUUCAAUUGAUCAGCUGAGAAAAAGUCAGCGAAAAUUCUUCGGCCGCCCUCGUUCACGUACGCAGGUCAGUUUAGCUAUUGGUGCAAAGGUGUAGCAGGAGUUAUUGGGCUGCCUGUGCCCCCCCCCCCCCCCCCCCCCCCCCCCCCCCCACCCAAAGGUAGGUUAUUAGUUGGGUUGGGUAGGGGUGGGCCGUCUAUUCGGCCACUUUUUUUUUUUUGGGUUUUUUAAAAAUGAUAAAAAAUUUUUUUUUACCAUUAUUAAAAUGUUAAAUAUUAUUUUUAUUUCUUUUUUUUUAGCCCCCCCCCCCCCCCACACCCGCCCCUCACUCAGCCAAAGUUAGGUUAAUAGUAUGGUAUGGUAUGGUAUGGCAUGCUAUUCGGACACGUUAUUUUCUUCAGGUAUUUACAAAAUGAUAUAAAUAUCUUUUCUACAGAUAUCAUAAUGGUAUAAAUAUUGUUGAUCACUGAUUUGUUUUAUUCACAAGGAAUCCAACCCAAACUCACCCACAAGGAACGAAAUUCCGUUGUUCACUUUCAAAUCAAACAGCUCGGAGAACUGCGAUCAGAAGAAGGGUCAGUCUUCAAACUCUUCAUCAGCGUUUACCAUUAAGCUUAACAGAACUCCGAGCCAAAAGGGAACAGCUUCAGCUUUCAAGAAAGGUAUCUUGAAAAAUAGUGGCAAUAACGCGAUAAAACUGCGACCGUGUGAAUCAACUGAGACUUCAUCCUGUUACGAAAGUGCUAGCAGCGACGCUGAGAGUUCAAGCAGCUGUCUCACAGGUAAGAUGAGGUGCUGCAUACAAAAUGAAGAAACGCAUGACAGUAGCAAUAGCAGAAAUAGUAAGAGUGGUGGGAAUAGAAGUUAUGGUUUUAAUCGUACUGUACUUUUCGCGGUUGUGACAGCAAAGCUCUUGCGCACCGACGCACAAUGGGUGAGAAAAUUUGGUUAUCUAUGCAGGCAAGAAAUUAGGUUCUGACAAGAACGCCCGUACGUACCUUCAACCCUUCUUGUUAGCGGAUGUGAAUUGUCUUACUUACCAAGGCAUAUACAUAUUGUGUGUAACUUGAUACAUGAUUAUGAUCAAUUGACGGCUGUCAAAAUCGGGUAUCUGCUGACCCAUGUCACAUGAAUGUAUCGCGGGCGCAGGUGUACAACUCAUUGAUGAUACGUGUUUUUAUUAAUUCUCCACUGACCAGUUAUGUCAUUAUAAAUGAUGGCAGACUCAGAAAACUUAACUUCAGAAAGACAUUUCUUAAAAGUUCCCACGAGAGCUUCGCUUUUGCCCUUGGCUAAAUCUGUAUAUUAGUGGUACAGUCAGUAGUGAUGGUAUUUGUAGUGGUAGAUGUCCGUGGUAGUGGCGAUGGUGGUAGUGCUAGUGGCAAGGAUCUGUUUUGAUUCUCACGAUCAAGGAAAUUUUUAAAUUUCUUUCACUCAUUCUGCAUAUAGUACAUUCCGCAUAAUUAUGCCAUUCCGUAAGUCACGCCAAAUGCCAUUGCGCAAACUCAUUCUGUCUUUGACCUUCACCGUUUUUUUUUAAAACCAGCGCGCUUCGCUAAAAUUUUCGAGUCAUCUGCAUAUAUUACAUUCCACAUAAUUACGCUAUUCCGCAAAGCCCUGCCACACGCCAUUCCUCAAAUUCCUCCUUACCCACACCGCACUUGUUGUUCUAAACUUUGGUCUAAGUAAGGCUUUGUACAAAUGACCGGCCUAAGGAAGUUUAACUCUCUUAUCAUUUUGAUUCAGGCAAAGAAACAAGUCAAAGUGUCAAACUGAAGAAGAGGUUCAGAGCCCAUUUUGUAAAAGACAAAAAGAAAACAGACGCAACAAUCAUCCUUGCCACUCCUGAAAAUAGUGAAAUCGUUGAAGAUUCACCAAGAUUACAUCACGCUACCAACCGAUUUAUUCCCUUAGAUAAAGACCCAGUGAAAGAAGUCAACAAGGACAUGUACUCAGUCGCUCCCGAAAAAAAUUGCACUUGCCAGUUGGAAGAAACAGAAGAAAAAGAUAUCCAGAAACUGAGCGCAACUUCAUCUGAAGUUGAGUGUUCCUGUAGAAAGCCAUCUGCGGGUCAAGAGAUAAACUUAAACACGGGCUUAUCCAGGCCAUCGGAUGAUCGAGCUUAUGGGGAGAGGGAGUCGGUGUUUUAA